UUGCGUGUGACGUCACCUCCUGCAAAGACUGGCGGGAACUCUAAGGCUGCAGCUCAGCUCACCAUCGUGGUGCGUAGAACACUGAUAACAAGUACGUGAAAACCUGAGCUAUGGAGGUUGAUGUAAAGGAGACCGAAGAGACGCAGUCCAAAACGGAUUCAGGGCCAAGUAAAACACAAGGAACGACAUACGAGCUGCCCUGGGUAGAGAAAUAUAGACCAUUAAAGCUGAAUGAAAUUGUUGGGAAUGAAGAAACAGUUAGCAGGUUGGAGGUAUUUGCUCGGGAGGGAAAUGUUCCAAACAUUAUCAUUGCUGGUCCCCCUGGCACUGGAAAGACAACAAGCAUCUUAUGUCUUGCAAGGGCACUGCUAGGUCCAGCCAUGAAGGAGGCUGUCCUGGAACUCAAUGCAUCUAAUGACAGAGGCAUUGAUGUAGUAAGAAAUAAGAUUAAAAUGUUUGCCCAGCAGAAGGUAACUUUACCAAAAGGCAGGCACAAGAUCAUAAUCUUAGAUGAAGCUGACAGUAUGACUGAUGGAGCUCAGCAAGCCUUAAGAAGAACAAUGGAGAUCUACUCUAAGACGACUCGCUUUGCAUUAGCUUGUAAUGCUUCUGAUAAGAUUAUCGAGCCAAUCCAGUCUCGUUGUGCAGUGCUUCGCUACACCAAACUGACAGAUGCUCAAGUUUUGGCUCGCUUGAUGGAAGUGGUGGAGAGUGAGAAAGUACAGGUCACAGAUGAUGGACUGGAGGCUGUUAUCUUCACUGCACAAGGAGAUAUGAGACAGGCAUUAAACAACCUGCAGUCCACCUAUUCUGGCUUUGGAUUUGUCAACAGUGAAAAUGUUUUCAAGGUAUGUGAUGAGCCUCAUCCAUUGUUAGUGAAAGAGAUGAUUCAACAUUGUGUCAGUGCCAAUAUUGAUGAAGCGUAUAAGAUUGUGGCCCACCUUUGGAAGCUGGGCUACUCCCCAGAAGAUAUUAUUGGAAACAUUUUCAGGGUCUGCAAGACUUUUCAAAUGCCGGAAUACCUUAAACUGGAGUUCAUUAAGGAGAUCGGAUAUACCCACAUGAAGAUUGCCGAGGGAGUAAACAGCUUGUUGCAAAUGGCAGGGCUCCUGGGCAGACUGUGCAUGAAGACUGCCACCCCAACUGCCAGCUGAUGUACAAAGGGGAUUAUGUUCAGAAUUUUUAGAUUUUGUUCUCCACGUCCAAAGCACAAAUGGAAGCAGGAAAUGUAGUCCAAGGGGAACAAAUGCAGGCUUUGUUUUGAUGUCCAGUUCUUCCAAAAUUUCUCUCUUCAGCGAAGGCAAGAAUUAAGUUGCUCGUGGGAAGAUGGCAAGAAUUAAGUUGCUUGUGGGAAGAUGCCUCUUAAUGGCUUGUUUUUUUUAUUGCAGACAAGCCCGGUUUUCUAAUUGGGACCUUAUUUAGUAUUGCUUUGCCUUCCUUUUACAGCAUUGAUGCAUCACAGGUUUGAUUUGUCCCAACUCCAACAUUAUGAACUUUUAGACAUUUUCCUUUAAAUGGUCAAAUUUUGUAUUCCUUGCGGUUAUAAAUGAGCUUGGAUAAUUUAAUCCUGUCAGUGUUAUAUAUUCUGAUUUAAAUAUAUUUGGGCUGAGCAAA